AUGUCUUCCAGAUUAGCUUGGUUAACCGAUUUGCAAACCGUCCCAGGUACUUCCGCUAGAAGAACCUCCAUCAUUGGUACCAUUGGUCCAAAGACCAACAACCCAGAGACUUUGGUUGCUUUGAGAAAGGCUGGUUUGAACAUUGUCCGUAUGAACUUCUCUCACGGUUCUUACGAAUACCACCAAUCUGUCAUUGACAACGCUAGAAAGUCUGAAGAAUUGUACCCAGGUAGACCAUUGGCUAUUGCUUUGGACACCAAGGGUCCAGAAAUCAGAACUGGUACUACCACUAACGAGGUCGACUACCCAAUUCCACCAAACCACGAAAUGAUCUUCACCACCGAUGACAAGUACGCUAAGGCUUGUGAUGACAAGACCAUGUACGUUGACUACAAGAACAUCACCAAGGUCAUUGAGGCCGGUAAGAUCAUCUACGUUGAUGAUGGUGUUUUGUCUUUCGAAGUUUUGGAAGUCAUUGACAACCAAACUUUGAAGGUUAAGUCCAUGAACGCUGGUAAGAUCUGCUCUCACAAGGGUGUUAACUUGCCAGGUACCGAUGUCGAUUUGCCAGCUUUGUCUGAAAAGGACAAGAGCGAUUUGAGAUUCGGUGUCAAGAACGGUGUCCACAUGGUCUUCGCUUCUUUCAUCAGAACUGCUCAAGAUGUCUUGACCAUCAGAGAAGUUUUGGGUGAGGAUGGUGCUGACAUCAAGAUCGUCGUUAAGAUUGAAAACCAACAAGGUGUUAACAACUUCGACGAAAUCUUGAAGGUUACUGAUGCCGUUAUGGUUGCCAGAGGUGACUUGGGUAUCGAAAUCCCAGCCCCAGAAGUCUUGGCUGUUCAAAAGAAAUUGAUCGCUAAGUCUAACUUGGCCGGUAAGCCAGUUAUCUGUGCUACUCAAAUGUUGGAAUCUAUGACUUUCAACCCAAGACCAACCAGAGCCGAAGUCUCCGAUGUUGGUAACGCUAUCUUGGACGGUGCUGACUGUGUCAUGUUGUCUGGUGAAACCGCCAAGGGUAACUACCCAAUUAACGCUGUCACCACCAUGGCUGACACUGCUCUAAUCGCUGAACAAGCUAUUGCUUACCUACCAAACUACGAUGACAUGAGAAACCUAACUCCAAAGCCAACUUCUACUUCUGAGACUAUCGCUGCUGCUUCCGUUGCUGCUGUCUUUGAACAAAACGCUAAGGCUAUCAUCGUGUUGUCUACUUCUGGUAACACCCCAAGAUUGGUUUCCAAGUACAGACCAAACUGUCCAAUCAUCUUGGUCUCCAGAAACCCAAGAACUGCUAGAUCUUCUCACUUGAACAGAGGUGUCUUCCCAUUCGUCUACUCCAAGGAGCAAGCUGCUGACUGGUCUGACGAUGUUGAAGCUCGUUUGAACUUCGGUAUUGCACAAGCUAAGUCUUUCGGUUUCUUGAAGGAAGGUGACACCAUUGUUACCAUCCAAGGUUUGAAGCCAGGUGUCGGUCACUCCAACACUCUACGUGUCACUGUUGUGUAA